AUGGAGGAGCGGGUCCCAGCCGCGACUGCCGGCUUUGACCCUUCCCCCAACACUCCUCCGGCCAACCCCAACCUUCUCCCUCCAUCUCUGCCUCAUUCCCAUCCAAACAACAAACACCAUGUCAUCUCUCCCCCUCCAUCUUACCAUUCCCGCAAGAUAUCCAAAGCUCCCUCCUUCUCCUUCGCCAUCGAGCCUGAAACAACCUAUGUCAUCCAAAUCCCCAAGGAUCAAAUCUUUGCGGUCCCGCCACCGGAGCACGCCAAGAUCGUCGAGCGCCACCGCAAUGAGAAGAAGUCCUCCAGCCAGAAAUCUGCAUGUUGCUCAUCCCGUUGCAUGUCUUAUACCUUCGCCAUCGUGAUCCUCAUCGGCAUCAUCAUUGGGGUGAGCAUCGCCAUCGCCCAUGCCCUCAUCAAGCCUAAGCUCCCCAUCUUCAACAUCCAACGACUCAAUUCAAAGGAAUCAACCGGGUUCAACGUGGCCCUGACUGUUAAAGAUGACGGGAAGAUGAGCAUUUCGCCGGAUGGAAAUGGAGAAACCACCUUGAUGUACAAGAACAUUGAGAUUGGAUCGGGCAGGUUCCCUGGGCUGAGAGUCGGGUCGGGCCAGACGAAGGCGAUUAGCUUGCAGCUGAAGGGCAUUGGGAAGGGAAAGAUGCCGACGGCGGUGAAGGAAAGCAUGGCAGACAAGAAGGGGAAGGCUCCCAUUUCAUUGUCGUUGGUAAUGAGGAUUCCGGUGGUGAUGAGUGCCUCCGGGGUGAAGUCACAAAGCAAAGAGGUUAACAUCAACUGUAAGUUGAAGGUAAGGUCGUUAGGGGUGAGUCAAAGCGUUACCUCUCAAAAGUGCCAGGGCAAGUUCUCGUAG